GACACUAUUAUCCGCCAUGUGUCCAAUCCUUCUCAUAAGCGCACACGAAAUCAAAGUCCGGGUUUCUUGAAGCGGCUACACUUCAUGCUUACGUAGGUUGGAUCUCUAUUCGUGUAACCGCAUAAUACACUUUUUCAAAGAUUCAAUUAAGAAUUUUUAAACUUCAUCCUCUUCUCUCAUGCAGGAUAACAAGCACAUACCUCGGGAUGACAAAUUUUGUGCUUCAAUUUCUGAUAAUAAGUUUUCCACAUUGAAUUCAGCCUCUAACGUUGUAUUAGAGGGGAAUUGGGUGUCCCAUUACCAGAAAUUAUAUGGACUUUAAUCCAUCCCUUUUACAGACUUAAUCACCAAGUCACUAGUUAACCACUUCGUCAAAUGAUCAACCAAAUUAAUUCGAGUUUGGUCAUACUGUCUAGACACAACACUAUGAAUGAUCAGUUCACAACUUUUACCGUGCCAUACUCCCACAUGAUCGUACUUAUCAUUUUCACUUGACUAUAUGCCUUAGCCAAAUUAGCAUUACUAUCACAAAAGAUAGUAAUAGGUGAGAUUGGUUUAGGCCAUAAAUAUAUGUCAUAGACCAAACCUCUCAACAAUUAUGUCUCUUCUCUAAGAGAAAUCAAGGCCACACAAACUUUGAUUCCAUAGUGAAACUUAGUGAUGCAAGUUUGCUUUAUAGAGGCCCAAAUUAUGGCACCUCUCCCAAGCAAGAGGACCCAUCUCAAUGUUGAAGUUAACAUGAGAAAUCCAACUAAGAUCAACAAAUCCUUUCCAAAAUUGAUGGAAAGCCACUAUAAGUCAAUACAGUGUGCCUUUGACAUAUCCUAGUACACGCCUCAUUUCAUUUCAAAUGAUGAGAACUAGGAUUCAUCACGUACCAACUUAAUUGUUCUAUCGCAUAUCAUUUCAAAUGAUGAGAACUAGGAUUCAUCACGUACCAACUUAAUUGUUCUAUCGCAUAUAUGCGAUAGAACAAUUAAGUUGGUACGUGAUGAAUCCUAGUUCUCAUCAUUUGAAAUGAAAUGAGGCGUGUACUAUGCGAUAUCUAGCAUCAUGUAAGUCAUGCAUACAUCUCCAAUUGUAAAACUGAUUUUCAGUAUUUACCAUAAGUUCCAUACUUGGAUCCAUUGGGGUCUUUAACUCACUUCAAUUCCUACUAUGGAAUUUAUGCAAGUACCUUCUCAUGCAGAAAAAUUGAGAGAAGGACUCUUCUUUGUCGUUCCGCUUGAUUCAAUACACAGAAUCACAUUUGCCUACCCCAUGUCCUACAUGGAGAAUUGAAAUAACAACUUUUUAUCAAAGUUCACUUAUCUUUUAUUGGUUCAAAAGAUAAGCAUAUCUUAUACAUACAAAUGUACGAUGACUUCAUUACCAGAAUCAUCAUAAGCUGUGUACACAUUUUGUCUCUUUGGUUUAAAAUAACAUAAACCACUUGACAAAAUCACUUAUCUUUGAUUGGUCCAAAAGAUAAAUAUGUCAUCUACAUACAAACACAACGACUCUAUUACCAGAAUCAUCAAACAUUGUAUAUACAACUUUGUCUCCUUGGUUUAAAAUAACAUAAACCACUAGACAAAAUCACACCACCAAACCACUAGACAAAUCCAAGUUUAUCUAGAACUUCGUAAAUGUCGAAUAGAGAAUUAGACUAAUUAACCAUUGAGUAUGUGACCUACCCAAAGGCAAUUUUCAUUCUUCUAUUUCUCCAUUUUACGAAUCAUUCUCCUUCUUCCUCAUCUUCGAAUCAUCCCUCUUCCAAGUUACCUUCCGGAUAUGGAAUAGGCCAUGAGACAAGUACGAAGAAAACCCAUCUUCUACUGCCAUCGAUGAAAAACCCAUCAUCGAAGAUUCUCAUUAUUCCGUAGACCGAAACCGGUUUCUUGUAAAGAUCGGUUCGAGCCAUCAUACCGGAAAAUAUUCUUUUCGAUUGUUGGGACUUUUAGGGGCGAGGGUACACGUACGAUAGCCCGAGACGGGGUGACCAGGAUUAUGAUAGAGUCGCAGUUUCCGAAAAGAAUAUUUCCACCCUCUACAAAGCCUUGGGUUAUAGGAAAUUUCUCCCGAGGAUAGAACUAUCACCACUUUAGGUUCUAGGCUCAAGAACACUAAAGCAUACUUAGAAAUUUUUGGAAGAAAGUAGAAGAAUAUGUUUGAUGGUAUGUGGCACCAUCCACCCCACACAUAUAUUUAUAGGGGUCGAAUCUAUGCAUUGUUUCAUGAACGGUUGCCUUUAUCCAUACGAAAUGUUGCCUUUAUCCAUAAAAUAAUGUAACCUCCACUAACCCAAAGGGAUGCGUCCCUUCAUGAAAUUAGAAUAUUGGUUCGGUCGGUCUAAUCACAAACAGAUUGAUCGGUCCAACCUAAACCGAUUUGACUUGAUUAAUCCGGUUCAAUCAAAUUUCCAACAUUAUUCGCCUUAAAAACGUACUCCAACGCUUUGCCACUAAAAUUAAUUUAGUUCAUCGAAAACAAAACCUCUUCCUAAGCUCGGCUGUUGAAGGCAAGCUGGGACUUGGGAGCAGAAGCAGAAAAUGCUAGUCAGGAAAGUGCUGUUGCGGGGAGCUUCGGCGUCCCGGCUUCUCAUUUCCAAUAAGUCUCCGCCAGCGUCGCUAAUACCUCUGGCUUCCGGAUGUACGCGAUUCUUCUCUUCUUCUACGCAAUCGGAGGGGCCGAAUGAUGGUUUUGUGGCCGGUCAGGAAGGCGGCGAUGAGCAGCCGGCUGCUACCAUCACUGUCGAUCGUUCCGGCCUCUACCAUCCACCUGAGCUUUCUCAUGAACCCACCAUGGAGAGUGAGCUGACUAAGCACCUUAAAGGCAUUAUCAAGUUUAGAGGCGGACCAAUCUCAGUGGCAGAGUAUAUGGAAGAAGUUUUGACGAACCCUAAAUUUGGCUUCUAUAUCAACCGAGAUGUAUUUGGAUCAGAGGGUGAUUUCAUAACCUCUCCUGAAGUCAGCCAGAUGUUUGGGGAGAUGAUUGGUGUCUGGGUUAUGUGUUUGUGGGAACAAAUGGGACAACCCAAGAAAGUGAACUUAGUUGAACUGGGACCAGGAAGAGGAACUCUCAUGGCUGAUCUUUUGCGGGGCACAGCAAAAUUCAAGAGCUUCACGGACUCGAUGCAUAUUCACAUGGUAGAGUGCAGUCCAGUGUUACAGAAGCUUCAGCAUCAGAACCUAAAAUGUGAGAAAGUUUGCAAUGCAGAUGAAAAUGGAGAAAAAAACUCAGUUACAUCGAUCACAGGAAGUCCUGUAACAUGGUAUUCUUCACUGGAGCAGGUGCCAUCUGGAUCACCAACAAUCAUCCUUGCACACGAGUUCUAUGAUGCUCUACCUAUUCACCAGUUUCAGAGGUCUUCUCGUGGCUGGUCUGAGAAAAUGGUUGACGUGGGAGAAGAUUCAAAGUUGCGGUUUGUUCUGUCCCCUCAGCCAACACCAGCCACUCUUUACCUAAUGAAGCGAUGCAAGUGGGCCACUGAGAAAGAAGUAGAGAGUCUUAAACAAAUUGAGAUUUGCCCGAAGGCAAUUGAUCUGACUCAUUCAAUUGCACAGAGAAUAAGUUCUGAUGGAGGUGGUGCCCUCAUAAUUGACUACGGCCUCAACGGAGUGGUCUCAGAUAGUCUGCAGGCGAUCCGGAAGCAUAAGUUUGUCAGCAUCCUUGACGACCCUGGGUCUGCUGAUCUCAGUGCUUAUGUCGAUUUUCCUUCCCUCAAGCACACCGCAGAGGAAGCUUCAGACAAUGUAGCUGUCCAUGGCCCUCUUACUCAGUCUCAGUUACUUGGUUUACUGGGGAUAAACUUCCGAGUGGAAGCAUUACUAGAGAACUGCACAGACGAACAAGCUGAUUCCUUAAGGACAGGAUACUGGCGCCUUGUCGGUGAAGGGGAAGCCCCGUUCUGGGAAGGGCCAGAUGAACUAGCACCAGUCGGGAUGGGUACGAGGUACCUGGCAAUGGCAAUAGUGAACAAGAAGCAAGGCGCGCCUGUUCCAUUCCAGUAGCUUUCUCAAAGCGCUUUUACAAUUGAAUAGUGUGGAAUUCACGAACUUUAUCAGCAGGAUUGGAGAAGAACUCAGACAUUUUGCAGUCCUUGUGGGAGAAGGAUUGAAGAAGAAGAAGAAGAGGGUUUACCCGCCUGAACGUUUCGAGUUUCGUUUGUUUGUUUUGCUUCCGCUUUUGACAAGAACAAUGUCGUUUGUGAAUGGAGGGUUAGCCGUUAAGCUACAGCGAUUAGCAUUUGUAAUAGCCAGUGAAACUUGGAGACUCUGUAAUCUUGUUAAGCUAUUUCUAACACAGAAUAAAUAGAAAAAAAAACUCUUAAAUUUGUCGAUGAUUGUGUGUUAGUCUUUUGUAAUUCACACACACCACAACCGCUCAUUUUUCUCACCUCGAGCAUAUUUGACAAUCAUUCAUCACAGUCACAUACCCUUCUCUCUGAUUGCAGCCUUCUGCAUCACAUUCUCGAACUAUAGAGAGGAAUGGAAGGACUAGGGGGAGAUCGGAGUAGUGGGGUUCCAACUUCCAAGCCACCAUCAUUGUUUUUCCACUCUUCUUCUUCUUCUUCUUCUUCUUCUUGUCAACUAAUUAAAUGGCUCCAACUUAUCCUUUGUGAGGUUGGACAAACCUAUACGUAUGGUGUACAUAUAUAGGAGUAGACUAAAUUGAAUGGAUCGUAUGUAUUUGCAAAUGUGUAUGGUCACUGCUAUAUGUCAAGUGGGGGGAAAGAAAUGGAAUGGAUGCAUACCCAAAAGCAUAGCUAUGCCAAAGUGCCAGAGUUUCAUAACUAACGCAUAAGUGUUAUUAAGGUACGUGUACCCUUUACUUACGUAUUUAAUGAAUAGAAAUUGUUAACUUUGCCAUUGUUAAUUUUACAAUUGUUCAUAUAUUUAAUGAAUGGAAAUCGUUAACAUGUUUAAAAUCCGUAUAACACGUUUAAUACCGUAUUUAAUGAAUAGAAAUUGUUAAU